AUAAUAUAAUUUAAGUCAAAAUAAGUCGAAUAGAACGGUGCCAAAAUACAUACGAAUAGGAACAUAAGACCACAUAUCUUAUUCAAUGAACAUCAUAUCACUUAAAGCUCUAGUAUGUGAGCUGAUUUUCACUUUUUUUUUACAUUUAAUAUAUAAGAAACUUAAAAGUUUAUUUUUUACACUCUAAGUGUUGGUGAUGGAGCUCCGGUUUAUCUCGCCACCGUUAAUGGGCCUAGAAUAUCAAGCAAUUAUCUUCUAUACCCACGAAUCUGAUCCAAAAAUGUUAGGCAAUAUUAAAAGUUGUUGGUGGUCAGAGCAGAGCAGAGUAAGAGGGUGGCCGGAGUUUUCGGAGGGAGGCUGGCCGGAUUUUUUGGAGGGUGGGUGGUCGGCGGUGGUUGGAGUGUUGUCGGCAAUACAGAGGAACAGCCGAACAAGUCAAGGGGAGAGGAAAGGGGGAGAGGAGGUAAAGGGCAUAAACGUCAUUUUACUAUAAAUACGCGGGCGUUUUUAGCUUAUGCGGACGUCAAUUAAAAACCCUCAAAUAAAAAGGUUGCAAUUGCAAAUGUAUGUAUGUAUUGUAUAAUAUUGUUACCGCUAAUAUAUACGAUUUAUAAAAUAAAUUAUCAGAAAUUACAUUUUUAUCAUUCAUUGGUGCCUUACGUUACCUUAUGUUAUGCAUAGCCCGGGCCAAAAAACUAGUUUAACUUAAUUUAGAAGUUUCUUAUAGUUGUGUUAAUUAAAACGACUAUUAAUUGAUGCAAUGUUAACGUUAUCAUGAUUCUAGCUUUUAUUAAAUAAAAAUUAGUGUUAGUAAUUCUGGCGAGAAUUUCAUUAACCGAUUUUAACAACAUAUACAUGAUACAAGGAGGAUAUUUAGGCGCUUAUUAGGCUAACUAAUUAUUUACUUAACUAACCCUUAAUAUAUUUUACAACACUUGAAUUCUGUAGCUCACUCAAGUCUCAAUGAACCCAAUUCCACCAUUAAUAUAUUUUUUCAUUUGAAAAAUGGUAGCCGGUCGUGUUGCGAAGGUGACGGACAUUAAUGUGAUUGAUCAUAAUCAUGAUAAUAACAAUGGUAGUUAUGCCUGGUAUGGAGACGUCGAUAUGAAUACAUUUAGCUGCUGGUCUGAUUUUUCUAGGUCUGUCAUUUUUGUGAAUGUCACUACAACUCUUUCUCUUUUUGCCGUUGUUGUAAUUUCCUUGAUGUUGUAUGUUGGAAUCAUACAUUUACUACGGGAUUCCAUAGUUCAUGGGAAAAUCAUGAAUAAUUCAAUCCAUGAAAGUGAUGAUAAUAGUAGUAGCAUUUUGCAAGUGCAUUGUGUUUACAAGUAUGGUGACCAUUUACAUGAUCUUGGUGGGAAAACCGUGCUUCCAUCCACCCGAUAUGAAUUCCAGUUUUACCUCGAUGGUGACGAUCUGGGUCUUCUCGGAGUUGUACGGUGUGACAUGAGAUGGAAGAAAGAAGAAGAAAAAGAAGUGGAAAUUUAUGAAAUUGACACAACUGUGAUAUGGAAUAUCAGUUCUCUUUGGAUCGGUAACGGUGACGUAUGGUCUUCUCCUGGUGAAACAACUUACUUUAACAACAUCAACACAUACAAAAAUUUUGUUAGUGCUGUGUUAACCAACAAAUUAAUAAAUACGUAGAACUAAAUCUAUAUUGUUAUGUUUUUUUUUUUAAUGUUCAACAUUAUUCUUGUUUUUUGGUCAACUUUUUUGUUUUUCUAUUUUUCCAUGAUAAAGUAAAUGAGUAUUUUUUUGGUAUAUCUUGUUUCAUCUCUAUAAUCUAUAUC